AUGCACGACAACCGCUCCCACCCCUUCCUCCAACAAGUCCCCCUCACCGUCUCCCCCUUUGUCAACCUCCCUACGGCAACCACACUCCCAUACACAUACAAGCCCAUGCCUUCCGCCCUCCCCCCAUCAGCCUCGGGCAUCACAUCAGACUCGGCCGCUGGGGGCCCAGAACCGAAAUAUGUCGUCUCACCGUCUGGGCACGCGGCCCAUCCAAACGAUAUUAUCGCCUCUUGUCGAGCACUGCGAGAUCACAUUGCCAAACUCACGGCUGAUGCCGAGGCGGAGAUCAAAGCGAUAGAUGAGAGGAUAAAGGCUGCUGAGCUGGCUGAGAAGAGGAGGCUAGCACCUGGUUGGCUGGAUAGUGAUGUAAGGGUUCUUCAGCCGGAGAGAAAGAGUGUUGCGCCUGAUGGGUCUGGUAUAGAGGGCUUUUGGCAGUUGAGUCUUGGGGAAGGUGGUCAUGGGGAGGGAAAUACUAGUCAACAGCAGCAAGGGCAUGGGCCGGGAGGGGCGAGUGAGAUGGCGGUGCCGGAUGAGGGGGAGGAGCUGGAUAGGGCUUUUGGGAAGCUUGGGAUGGGGGGCCCGAAGUGA